AUGGUCCUGUUGACAUUGACCCCUACUGCCAAAUCUGCCGUAGAGCUCUACAAUCAAUUUGACCCUUCCUUGAGCGAGCCCACCGUCGGCGCUCCCGUAUCCCAUGCACAGUUGAUUCAUGUCGCGCGCUUCCUGUGCGGCACUGAUAUUCCUAACAAGAAUGACUUUCGACUUGAUGCUCUGCUCAAGGGGGCCAACAUCUAUGUGCCCCCUCCGAAACCAAAGCCCCAGCCAACUGCUGAAUACACCGCCCUGAUGGCCCGUCUUCGUAGAGACGAGGAGAAUAUUGCGUACCAGCGCUUGAUCAAUCCUACAUCAUCCGUUCCCGAUCCAUCUCGCAUACGGCCAGAGGAUGAAGAUGACGAGGUGACGUACACAGAUGUCAAUCGCCAAUUGGCACUCAUUAUCAAUGUCCUCGUCUCCAUCAUCGCUUGUAGCGUCGCCAUCUGGAUUGCUGCCCGUCACUGGAGCGUCCCACAAAGAAUGGCCUUGAGCAUGUUCGGCAGCGGUGCUGUUGCAAUUGCUGAAGUCGCAAUCUACAUGGGCUACCUCAGACGCAUCAAGGACGCAAAACGGACAGAGGGAAAGAAGGUUGAAACAAAACAAGUCGUCGAGACGUGGGUCAUUGAGAAGAAGGAUCCUAAAAAAGAACAUGAGCUCAGACAGAGAAAGGGCGGCAAGCAUAGAUAG